AUGGCCAACGCUGGGAACGGGUACCACCACCAGAGCUACUACAAGGAAGGAGACAAGAUCAUUGGGGGUUUCAUGCCCAUCACCAAAGCCCCAUUGCCCCACAUCCACGAAUUUAAAAGCCCGCCGUACCUCAGUAAGAUAACUCAGCGUGUGGAGCUCAAGAACUACCCACACCUCCUGGUCCUGGUCUACGCCGUGGAGGAAAUUAACAAAAACCUGCACCUCUUGCCCAAUGUCUCUCUGGGUUUCCAAAUCUACAACUCUGUCUUUGACGAUGAGGCAGCACUGGAGGGUGUUUGGGGACUUCUUUCGGGACAAGGGAAAGUGGUGCCAAAUUUCAACUGCGGAGGAGACAGAAAGGUUGUUGCACUUAUCGAAGGGCCGACAGCCCGACACUCAUUCAAGAUAGCGACAACACUAGGGUUGUACCAGUUUCCACAGCUUAGCUAUGGAGUCCUGGACCCUGAAUGGCGUCGCCAAGCCCAGAGUCCCUCUCUGUACGGGAUGGCCCCCAGCAGGAGCUACUUGCUUCCGGCGAUAGGCCGAUUAAUCCGGCAUUUCGACUGGCGCUGGGUGGGGCUCAUUUUCUCUGACAGCGGAAGAGAAGAAAGAGUGCUGGAGACGUUUACAAGGGAAAUUGACAAGGGAGACGGCUGCAUCGCAUUUGCAGAGACGAUCGGGAAACACGAUUUUUAUGGAAAGAAACUCCACCGCCUCCUAAAUAUUGUCCACAGAUCCUCUGCGAACGUGAUUGUUUUCCACGCGACGGAGGCCCACCUGGAAGCCUUCAGGAGGCAAAUCAGUUUGUCCUAUACACAGAACAAAGGACAGCUCCUCCCUUUCUUGAAGAAUGUACGUUUCACAAAUCGGGCAGGAGAAGAUGUUUUCUUCGACAAGAACAGGGAUGUGGUGACUGGUUACGACAUUGUCAAUUGGGCCUUCUCGCCCAGCGGAACCGUGAACGGCAUCGUCGUCGGUUCUUUUUGGCCGUGGGCAGCACCGGGCCACGAACUCACGGUUAAUGUGAGUUUGAUCCAGUGGGAAAGCCAAUUCAAACAGCAUCCAUACUCAGUGUGUAGCAAAAGCUGUCUUCCUGGAUACCGAAAGAAACAUCGCGAAGGAGAGCAGGCCUGCUGCUUCGACUGUGAGUUCUGCACAGCCGGAGAGAUUUCUAACCAAACUGAUAUGGAGAGAUGCUUGCGGUGUCCAGAAGACCAACAUCCCAAUGAAGGAAGGGACACGUGUUUUCCCAAGGUCAUCACUUUCCUAGCAUAUGAAGACCCUUUAGGGAUGGCCCUGGCAUCUCUCGCCCUCUCUUUCUGCCUCCUCACGGCCUGCGUUCUGUGGCUGUUCGUGAGAUGCCGCAACACACCCAUCGUCAAAGCCAACAACCGGGAUCUCAGCUACAUUCUCCUCGUCUCGCUCCUCGUUUGUAGCCUCUGCUCCUUGAUAUUUAUCGGGCGUCCCGAGAGGUUGACUUGUCUCCUGCGGCAAAAUGUCUUUGGGGUCGCUUUCGCUGUUGCCGUCUCUUCUGUGUUGGCUAAAACCAUCACUGUGGUCUUGGCCUUCAAAGCCACUAAGGUUGGGCACGGGUUGAGGAAGUGGCUAAGGCCUAGAGUAUCCAACUCCAUUGUCUUUGGGGGAAGCCUCGUACAAGUGAUUCUUUGUUUUGUCUGGCUUGGAAGCUCUCCCCCUUUCCCAGAAAAUAACACCCAAACAGAUGACGGGCAGAUAGUCGUCCAGUGCAAUGAAGGAUCAAUAGGGUUCUUAUACAGUGUCUUGGGCUACCUGGGUCUUCUGGCCUUCGCCAGCUUCACAGUUGCCUUCAUGGCCAGGAAAUUGCCUGACACUUUUAAUGAAGCCAAGCACAUCACGUUCAGCAUGGUCACCUUUUGUUGCACCUGGAUCUCUUUCAUUCCCACCUAUCUCAGCUCUCGAGGAAAGAAUGCAGUCGCCGUAGAGAUCUUUUCCAUCUUGGCUUCCAGUGGAGGCAUCCUGAUCUGUAUAUUUACCCCAAAAGUCUAUAUUAUCCUGGUGAGGCCAGACAAGAACAGCAAGACAUUUCUGAGGAAGAAAUAA